CUCAAAGCUCAUCUCGUCGGCGACAGUGAGCUCUUUGAGCUAGUCGCGCGAUGAACCUCACAGGUAGCGGUCGAAUGCCAGUCAUGGCCUGCGUCGUGACCCUCGUUCUAUGCCUCUUCGCUGGUCUCCUCUGCGCUGGUCCGGUUCAGACUGGUACUGAGCUUGUGUCAAAUCUCCCUGAUGCACUCAGUCGAUCUCAUCCCACUAGUUACUUCCCUGAAUCCUUCCGUCCUCACAGUCCCAAUGACCAUCAGUCAACUUCAACUUCGAGAACUCCUGCGGUCUACGGUGGUGUUGAUAAUCCGUAUGGACCAUGUUCUGACUGGCAUGUACCUGCUACCACUCCGGCUGCGUCAAUGCAGUCUCGAGAUCCUGAAAUGGGAAAUGACUAUGCCAUGGUCUGUGGCUCCGACUCACACAAGUUCACCACCAACACUUGUGCAGGAUCCCCAUUUCGCUAUUAUUGCACAGCCAAAGGUUCAUUGACCAAGAAGGGCACUUACAACUCACACUGUGCUGAAGUCUGCCGCUGUGUCAACCUGGCACCCAAGCCCUGUCUCCAUGGUGUUGUAGCUGUUACCUGUUACAUCUCGGCUGAUGGCACAAUCCUGGACUCUAAUCUCGAGACCAUCGGUGACACCAGCACAGCAAUUGAACUCAGCAAUGGCACGUGGCUGCUCGAUUCUGGAUCCCCGUUACAUGGCCUCGAACUACGCGCACUUUCUGGAUCAGAUGUCUCUAAAACAUCAGCUAUGGCCAUCUCAGGUCGAGAUUCGAAUGCUGCAAUGCACGAUUAUGCGCUGGUCUGCGCCGACCGUGGCGGCACACAGAGAUGCAAGGACCGGAGUUACUACUGCAAGUCAAGCGGCAGAGUGGCCUACAGAUUGUCAGAUUACUUCUGUGACACAGUUUGCGAGUGCAAGAACCUGAGAGCACAACCGAAGCCAUGUGCCAACAUCUACGAAGCCGAUCUGCACAAAUUCGUCUGUUUUGACGACAUUGACCCCUUCAUGAAUGCAACUGGUCAAGACACUUCCAGUAAUCUUACCAUCAACAAUAGUGUCCUUAACUUUACGAGUGGUUCUGUCCGACGCGACGUUAACUUGCCAGCACUAACCGACCCCGGUUGUCAUCCUCAAAAUCAGAAGCGCCGACUCUUGCUGUGCCAGAACCAUACGCAAGCUUGCAGCACCGAAUUCGGAUAUUGUUGUCAGACUGGAAGCCUGACUAGUGCUUCUCACAAUCCAAUUUGCAAUGACAUCUGUAAAUGCAUGGACAUGUCUUCCGGCCCCAUACGCUAUUGCACUCAUGGUCCAAACUUCAGCAUUCUGUCCGAGUGCUUUGUUGAUGGCAAUGCUAUUUACAAGAUCGAAGGUGACCUCAUGACUGACUUCCUCGGCAAUUUCACGAAUGCAGUGGUCGGAGCUUGUGCAAAUCUGUGGAUCGGUGAACCUGGCAUGUCACCAUAUCCUCCCAUCGAUGUUCCUCCUCCACAAAUCACCGAUGUAGUGGCCAAGCGAGACGAGGAGGUGGCUGAUAUGGCACAAGACAAAUGGGUCCUCGCCUGCCAGAACAAGGCACACACACAAACCUGCCGAAACAAACUGCACUACUCAUGUGAUGGCGCAAAGGUCGUCACGCAUCAAGAUUGGGACUUUGUCUGUGAAGCUAUUUGCGUUUGCUAUGAUCAGGACCCCGAUCAGAUUUGUGUCCCUCGCCACGCAAUCAGUGGUGUCUGUCCUCCAGGUGUCCUGCAAGACCCCCCUACCGUUGGAUCUGAGAAAGAUGUGUCAAUCAUCACUGAGCGCCAAGAUACAAUGAACAGUGACUCCAUCAGUGUCUCAGAGCGUUCUCUUGAUGACAGUGGGAGGGAUGCACCAUGGUACUUCAUCUGCAUGGCCAAAGACAGCGUCAAUACCACUUUGACAAACUACUGUUUGGCCGAAGGUUACACAUGUCCUCAUAAUGCUCCUCGCCAACCUAAGCCACUACGUCCGGAGCACCAUGACCCGCUGUGCGAAAAACACUCUUCUUGCUCUUGCCGAAAGGCUUAUACACCAUCGCAUGAUGAUGAGGGCGCCAUGAUCCAGCGUGACCUGUUUGCAUCCAACUCCUUGUUUGUCCCAGCACACGUCUCACACGAGGUAAAGAGAGACCUAUCAACUGAUCGCCAAUUUUUCUCCCUGGCUUGUGAAACAGGAAACCAUCUCAACGUUUCCCUAACCAAGUACUGUGCUGAAAAGUCUUAUCACUGUGUCCCUGGUGAGAUACUUUCAGAACUUCAACAUGAUGGUCCUGUCGAUGCUCAGUGCUCUCAGAGCUGUCACUGCCGCACUCCCUUCACCAAGGCUGAGGAUCUCUCUUCUCGUUCCGUCGCUGAAGCUGCUGAACGCAAGUAUUUCUCCAUGGCCUGCAAUAGUGGAAACCAUGUCAACGCAACUCUGACGCAUCACUGUGCUGAAGAGUCGUAUCGAUGUGUCCCUGGAGAAAUGCUCUCGAUUCUACGACAUGAUGGUGCCGGUAAUGCCCAGUGUUCCCAGAACUGCUAUUGCCGCACUCCAUUUGUUGGAGCCGAAGGUCUCUCCCCGCGUUCUGAGCUGGUCGGCGAUGCAGGCUACAGUCUACAUUGUGGCCACCAGGGCGACGAGUUCUACCGCACUGGCUACCAUGUACUUUCCACUCGCUGCCAAGUCCUUUGGGGCUACACUUGCGACGUGGAUGGACAAGUGCACCACGGUGGUACACCGGUCUUCAAAUGCGACGAGACCUGCAGUUGCCACAAGUCCAACGAUACCACCGUUGUUGGAGCUUAGGUUUCUGUGCCAGUGGUCUCGUCCAUUCCUUCCAUGAGGAGUGGCGGUCACGAGUUAGCCACAGGCAGACCUAUGUCACUUGUGCAGAAGAACACAACAAGUUGUGAUUUUCUUUCUUUGCGAAUGGAGAGACAACGGAAUGAUUAGUGAUGCUCUUUUAGUUCUUUCUUUCUCUGAGGUGUGGACAACCAAGGCUCUCUUUCGACGAUAUCCUUGAUUGUGUCCUCAAGGAAAAAGGGGUGUGAUGAUGUUGUUGUUGUUGAGAUCUCGAAUUCGAUUUCGAUUCAAUUCGCUUGCAAGAUAUGAAGGCCUAAAAUCUCGCUCUCUCACCAGGAAAUUGAUUCAUUCAACCGGUUGGAGGAGCGAUGGCCAUCGUACAGGAGCACCCCGAGCUUGCGAUAAACCAACAAAACAAAAUACCAUGAACCCUUGAAAGGUUUUUCGAAGGGGGAAGAGAAUUCCUUUGCAUUGUGUUUCGUGGAACAAAUCAACACAGACAGAAAUUGCAAGAAAAC